GGUUCAGUCGCCUGAAGGCUUACACACGAGUACGAUACGUGCAGAAUUACAGUAACAGCGACUUCGUCGGUCCAAUCUACCACAUUGACCGCGCAAGCUCGCAUUCCCGAUGGUAUCGGCAAUUCGAAGCGAGGUCCGAGAGCGCGAUCCCGCCGAGGACCUGGUCGCUUCAGGCUACAAUGACUCGACGUGGGUGUCUCCGCGGCUAUUUUGCUCCUUCUAAUGGAGUUUUUUGACGCUACCCGUCCCUGUCGCUUGUUUCAUGGACGCCGGAACGCGCGUCCUGCCAUUAACUCGGUCUUAGCGUUGACGUACGCGUGCACGAUAACACUUCUGCUUAUAUUGAAAGCAAAAAGAUCUUGUAUCCCGACAUCCGACGGGAACUUGGCCUCCUGGCGCAAUUCGGUACCGAGGAUGGCACUUGCGCUCAAGAGCCGGCGCCCCUGUCAGUAGGAAGAAUAUAAAGAAUACCCUUCGCGAUGGCAGAGAUCAACAGCACUCGCGUUCUACUUUCAUCUGCCGCACUGUCGUACUGCACUUCAGAAUGUCUACUCGCGUUCCUUUGGUCCUUGGAGCCGGCCAAUUCGGCGCCGUUAACACUGGCGAACGAGUCUCUAAUCCCGCCGUUGCACAAGAGCUUGUCGACCUUAUGGUCAAUCACGGCUAUACCGGCAUCGACACAUCACGUGCUUACUGCGAUGGCACCUCCGAGAAGUUCCUGAGCGGUCUGGACCUCAAAGGAGUCGCACGUAUUGAUAGCAAGGUUUACUCUGUGAACCCUGGCGAUCACUCUCCUGAGAAAGUGAAAGGGAGUUUCAAGGCGUCCGUUGAAGCCUUGAACGGCAAGAAGAUCCGCGUGUAUUACCUGCAUAUCCCUGACCGCAGUGUCCCCUUCGAGGACACACUCGAAGCGGUCAACGACAUCUACAAAGCUGGUGGAUUCGAGGUUUUUGGCUUGAGCAACUACAUGGCCUUCGAGGUAGCGGAGAUCGUGGGAAUCUGCAAGCUCCGUGGCUUUGUCAUGCCCACCGUGUACCAGGGCGUCUACAACCUCAUCGACCGGCUCACUGAAGACGAGCUCUUCCCGUGCCUGCGCAAGUUCAACAUCAAGUUCGCGGCGUACACGCCUCUCGCAGGCGGCUACCUUACGGAGCGCUUCUUCAUCCCUAAUGCCGACAACAAAGACAUCCCGUUGUCAAAGUUCGGCCCGGACUCCAAGUCCGCGUGGUUUUACACCGGCAGAUACUAUCCCGCAGCAUCUGCUGUUGCAGAGCUGAAGGAGGUCUCACGCGCGCACGGCCUGACUCUCAACGAAGUUGCGCUGCGUUGGCUGCAGUGGCACAGCAAGUUACAACCAGAGGAUCUUGGCGUCAUCGUGGGUGCAAGCAAGAAAGAGCAGCUCCAGACUACUCUGGAUGAUAGCGCGAAGGGCCCUCUACCUGACGCCGUCGUCGAGGCCUGCGAUGCCACUUGGAAGAAGGCGCGCGGCGCAAUUGCGCAAUACUGGAUCUAAGUGAAACAGUGAGCCGUCAGGUGUCUGACCUCUCUCCAUUGGCUAGAAUAUUCUUAUCGUCAUCGAUAGACCCCGCUCAGCUAUCGCACGGUGUUCUUGGUUGUUGUUUUCAGAUAAUUCUGAGUAAAUAUAGGCUAC